AAGCGCCCGCCCUCCUCCUCCUCCUCAUUUCCUGCAUGUAGCGGCACGCAUUCUCUCUCUGUGUCGCUCUCUAUCUCUCUCUCGCGAUCGAUCGAUUGCUCGAUCGGUGACGAUGGGAUAUCGUCUCUAUCUAGUUUUAUUCUUCUGCGUCGUAUUCCGGCAGAUUUUUGCGGCGGAAUCUCUCGCCUUGCCGGAAGAUCGCUACCUUCUCUCUCUAAAGGCCGCCGUUUCCGACCCCGGUGGGAGUCUCUCUUCCUGGAACGCUUCAUCCAGUAAGUGCGAAUGGGUGGGCGUCUCUUGCGACACUUUCGGCCGAGUCGUCUCCCUGGACAUCUCGAACAUGAACCUUUCCGGUGUGCUCCCGCCGGAUGUCGGCUAUCUUCGCUACCUUGUUAACCUCACCGUUGCUGUGAACCAAUUCACGGGGCCGAUUCCGGCUGAGAUAUCUCGGAUUGAGGGCCUUCGCUUGCUUAACCUUUCUAACAAUGUGUUCACUGGCAGCUUCCCGGCGAACUUCUCGAGCCUUCGGCGGCUUGAGGUCCUGGAUUUGUAUAACAAUAACCUGACAAGUGUUCUGCCCAUGGAGGUGACGGCGAUGCCGUAUCUUCGGCACCUGCAUCUUGGAGGGAACUACUUCUCCGGCAAAAUACCGCCGGAGUACGGCCGAUGGGAGUUUCUCGAGUAUUUGGCGAUUUCGGGCAACGAGCUCACCGGACCUGUUCCGCUGGAGAUUGGUAACUUGAGCAGGCUGGAGCAGCUGUACCUCGGGUACUAUAAUGUAUUCGAGGGCGGGAUCCCGCCGGAAUUCGGCAACCUGACGCAGCUCGUGCGGCUGGACAUGGCGAGCUGCAAUAUUUCCGGUCCGAUUCCUGCAGAGCUCGGCAAUCUCUGGCGUCUUGACACUCUGUUUCUCCAAGUGAAUGCUCUCUCCGGUCCCAUUCCGCUGCAGUUGAGGCAACUCCAGAGCCUGAAAUCCAUGGAUCUGUCCAAUAAUAUGCUCUCCGGCGAGAUUCCGGUGGAGUUCGCCGAGUUGCGGAAUCUGACCCUCCUGAACUUGUUCAGGAACAGGCUCCACGGUUCCAUCCCAAGCUUCAUUGGGGACCUUCCCAACUUAGAGGUGUUGCAGCUGUGGGAGAACAACUUCACCGGAAGCAUCCCUUUGCAACUCGGAAAGAACAGCGAUCUCAUCCUUAUCGAUCUCUCCUCCAACAGACUCACCGGAAACAUACCGCCGGACCUUUGCGCCGGAGGGAAGUUGGAGACGGUCAUUACACUCGGCAAUUUCCUCUUUGGCUCCAUCCCGGAUUCCUUUGGGAAGUGCGAUUCACUUGGCCGAAUACGGAUGGGGGAGAAUUACCUCAAUGGGUCGAUUCCUGAGGGGCUGCUCAGGCUCCCCAAUUUGAUCCAGGUAGAGCUCCAAAACAAUUACCUCACCGGGAGCCUGCCGGAGAUGCCCUCCAUCUCCGAGAAGCUAGGCCUGCUCUCCCUCUCUAACAAUCGACUCUCUGGCCCGCUGCCUUCCUCCAUUGGGAACUUCUCCGGAGUCCAGAAGCUUCUCCUCAAUGGCAACUCCUUCUCCGGCAGCAUCCCUGCAACCAUCGGCAGGCUGCAGCAGCUUUCCAAGAUGGACUUCAGCAAUAACAAGUUUUCCGGCCCGAUCGCGCCUGAGAUCAGCCGGUGUAAGUCCCUGACCUUCAUCGACCUCAGUCAAAACGAGCUCAGUGGCCCAAUCCCGGUCGAGAUCACCGAAAUGCGGAUCCUUAACUACUUGAACCUCUCCAGGAACGACCUCUCAGGUAGCAUCCCAGCGUCUAUUGCGUCGAUGCAGAGCCUCACAGCCGUGGACUUCUCCUACAACAACUUCUCCGGCUUGAUUCCGGGGACAGGCCAGUUCAGCUACUUCAAUUCGAGCUCCUUCGUGGGGAACCCCGGGCUCUGCGGCCCAUACUUGGGUCCCUGCAAAUCCGGCGGCACCACGGCGUCUUCCUCUCAUGUCAGGGGCCCGCUCUCCUCCACGCUGAAGCUCCUCCUAGUGAUCGGCCUCCUUAUCUGCUCCAUGGCGUUCGCUGCGGCUGCCAUCAUCAAGGCGCGAUCCAUUCGCAAGUCCGCGGCCUCCCGCUCGUGGAAGCUCACGGCAUUCCAGCGGCUGGAUUUCACCUGCGACGACAUUCUCGGCUGCCUGAAAGAGGAAAACAUAAUCGGAAAGGGAGGCGCGGGGAUCGUCUACAAAGGGGUCAUGCCCAACGGUGACGAAGUCGCCGUGAAGCGGCUGCCAGUGAUGAGCCGAAAUUCUUCCAACGACCACGGAUUCAAUGCCGAAAUCCAGACGCUGGGCCGCAUCCGCCACCGCCACAUUGUUCGCCUGCUCGGCUUCUGCUCCAACCAAGAGACCAACCUGCUGGUCUACGAGUACAUGCCCAACGGAAGCCUGGGGGAGAUGCUACACGGCAAGAAGGGCGGCCACCUCCAUUGGGACACCCGGUUCAAAAUCGCCAUCGAGGCGGCAAAGGGCCUCUGCUACCUCCACCAUGACUGCUCCCCUCUCAUAGUCCACCGUGAUGUCAAGUCCAACAACAUCCUCCUCGACUCCAAUUUCGAAGCCCAUGUCGCCGACUUCGGCCUUGCUAAGUUCCUUCAGGAUUCUGGCACUUCUGAGUGCAUGUCUGCCAUUGCUGGCUCCUACGGCUACAUAGCCCCUGAAUACGCGUAUACGCUGAAGGUGGACGAGAAGAGCGACGUGUACAGCUUCGGAGUGGUGCUCCUGGAGCUGGUCAGCGGGAGGAAGCCGGUGGGCGAGUUCGGCGACGGGGUGGACAUCGUCCAGUGGGUGAGAAAGAUGACGGACUCGAACAAAGAAGGGGUGCUGAAGAUUCUAGACCCAAGGUUGCCCUCGGUGCCGCUUCACGAGGUGACGCACGUAUUCUACGUUGCCAUGCUGUGCGUGGAGGAGCAGAGCGUGGAAAGGCCGACGAUGAGGGAGGUGGUGCAGAUGCUGACGGAGGUGCCCAAGGGUACCCCGAAAUCGACGGAAACCGCCGCGAACGGACAACCCACCUCGUCUCCCGCGGCCGACGCGACGUCGACGAGCAAAGACGGCCAGCCGUCGCAGCCUGCUCCGCCCGACCUCCUCAGCAUCUAGGAACGAGUAAAUUGUAGCGAGAUCGGUUGUUUGCUGAUAGUUUUAUUAAAUCUUCUCCCUCCACUUUUCCUUUUCACUCGUUUGGAUUGCCUUAAAAGAGUGUACAGAGUUCUUUCUUUGUAAUGAAUAGCCAUUUCUAUGUUA